AUGCAGAACGUGUGGAGAGUCCCUGGCCGCUUCUCCGGCAUGAAUCCUCCGUCUGCAGCUGCUGGUGAACCCCCUGACCCUCCAUUGAAACCCCCCGACCCUCCUAACCAGAAAUCCCCUCUUUCCCCCAAUAACUUUCCAACCUUAUCCGAUGCUAAAACUUUUCCUAAAACUCCCAGAUCUAAAACUACACUUUCCUCUAAUAAGAUGGAGAGUGUUUCACAAACUACAAUAGCCUCAAUGGCUUCAGCUGUGUCUACUGGAGCUUCUCUACCUCCGGUUAAUGAAAAAAUCCAUCCUCUGAGAGUAUCUGGUGUAUACUUCACACAAUCACACCAAGAGACUUAA